UCACUGUAAAUUUAAACAUCACUAAUCAGAUGACAUACAGCAUGCUAAAUAACAAUCAACUCAAGGGCCGAAUGGUCUACUUCUGCACCUAUUGUCUAGAACUCAUAGAGUCCGCCUUCGGAUGGAGCGAACCCUCUCCACCGUCCUCCACUGGCUGCGCGACUUUCGGGCCCGGCGGCUGCCGUAGGUCAAAGGUCGGUGAAGCCGGCAUGGAGGAAGGGGGACGGCGGAGUGCGGGCCGGAGACGGUCGAAGGGCGCGACCACCGCGCGGUCCGCCUCACCGGGGCGCGCCACGCGGAGCGGCGAGGAGGCACGGAAAAGAAAAGCUGCAUUAGAGGCAGCUCUGAAGAAGAAGCGUGAAUGUGAGGCUAAAGCUCUUCAUAUCGUUGAACGUCUACUUGAAGUAAAUGUCACAGAAGAAUUUCUGCUAGAUUGUAUGAAGUUUAUUACUGCUGCCCAUUAUCAAGAUCUUGUGGAAGAACGUUCCAUCAUCGAACGGUGUGGUUAUCCAAUUUGUCAAAAUGCCCUUGGAAAUGUACCUAAGCAGCAAUACAAAAUAUCUACCAAAACAAAUCGAGUUUAUGAUAUUACAGAAAGAAAGCAUUUUUGCAGCAAUUUUUGUUACAAGGCUUCCAAGUAUUUGGAAGCUCAGAUUCCAAAUGAUCCGCUGUGGUCACGUGAACAAGAAAGAGUUCCGGCAUGUCGAUUAUUAAAUGAGCAAAGAGGGAGUGCUGGGGAAGAAGUGAGAUUUCAAAAUUCAAAUAUCCGAAUUUCGGAUAUUGAUAACCCUCCCUUUAUGGAUGAUCGACGUGACUCUAGCUCCUCUUCAAAUGAAAGAGAUAGCAGUGGCUCUGAUCAAGAAUUUGUUUCAACUAUCCUCAUGGGAGAAAAGUACAAGUUAAAAUCUGCAGGGCACAAACAGUUCAAAAAAAAGCAGCAAGGCAUGAGUACAAACUCAGUACCAGCACCAAAAUUUACAGAGCUGGAUCUUGAGGUAGAAAACAUUGCACAACAGUUGAAGGAAUAUCACUUUGAGACAUACAGUUCCAGAUCAUCCCAGGAUGUUGGAAUUGACCAGUUGACUUUUACACAAAAGGAAAAAGCUCCUCGGGCAGUGGACCAAGAUGUCUCUCAAACAACUCCCUCAAGUGGAUUAAAGGAUAAAGACAAACCUGCAACAAGUAAUUUUACAACACAAGGUUUAAGUAAGAAGGGUGCUGCAUCACUAAGAAACCUAAUAUCAAAAUCAAAACAAUGUAACCUUGUUAGUUCAUGUAGAUCUGCUUCAGGUGUUGAAACUAAUGUACUAGAAUCACUAAGACAAACAUUAAGUGAAUGGAAUACGGAAGAAACAUUAAGAUUUCUUUAUGGUUCAAACUUAAAACACAGAAGAACACAGUGCAGUUUGCCACGUCAAUCAUCUGAUGCUACCGCACAAGAACAACUUGAUGAAGAUGACUUGGAUAGCCUGGAAGUAGUUGAAAUCACAGAUCCUAAUGAAAAUAUUAGCACGGGUGUCCAGGUGAAAGAGCCGGAGAUCACUGUUAGACCAUUACCAAAUUUUGAACAACUAAAGCAGGAAUCCAAAUUUCUUCAGCUGAAAGUCAGAGAGUUUUAUAAAGGGCGGUAUGUUUUGCCUGACAACACUGAAGGCAAAAGUGAAGAACAUUAUCAAUCCACAUCUGCCGAAAGUAGAGAGGAGGAUCCAGUUCUUCCAUUGGUGGAUUCUGAAGCACGGAACCAGAUCCGCAAACGCAUUGUUCUAGAUGCACUUAAAAAAGUCUUACCCAAGUUACUGGCACCUUUUCAACUUUCGAUGUCUGACAUAUUUUCCGAACUAAAUAGCCUUGUAAAAACCUUCAGACUGACCAACAAAAAUAUUAUUCACAGAACUCCAGAGUGGACCUUGAUUGCAGUUGUGCUGCUUUCAGUACUGGCUGUGAAGAUUUCACAACUUCGGGAGUCCCUGCAGAGGCUGCCCUCAGAACUCUUUGUAUCUGCUAUUCUGAAAGAAUUUCAUAUCCAGAUUGAAGAACUCGAGAACUUGAAGAACAUUUUCAAAUGCCAUGAUAAUGAUUAAAGAUGAUAAGGUCUAAAACCAGUAUUUGAAAACAAAAAUAAUAGUUUGAAGUUGCAUAUUAUGUAAAUAAAAAAUCACUGCUUUGGUCAUUUUAGUCAUUGAAUUAUACAUAAAUUUGCGAUGAUGACUAGUUUCUGAAACAGUUCUUAAUUUUAAACUUUGAAAACCAGAGGGGGAAAUUUCUGUUGUAGCCACCAACAUCUGUUUCCCUGUAUUUCUGCUUAUCUACAAGCAUUUACUUGCUUGUUUCUUUCAUCAUUUUAUUCUUCCUCAUUUGAUACUGGUGUUGAGCCGAAUAAAUUAGAAAUUGCUUCUGUCAACGAUCCACACGUAUGAUUCCUCCAAAUUGUUUCUGACAUCAGGCACACCAGGAUAAAUAUAAACUUGACUCUUUUCCUAUGCAGUUUAAUCUACACUGAAAACUUCACAAAGCCAACAUUUGUCUCGCCAAGUUCUAAACAACUACCAGUACUGUACCUGCAUUGGUUUUGAAAACCAUUUGCACAAGAAUAUUAAAAUGUAAAAUAAAAAGAGCUUAGUGGUCAUAAAAUCCUAGAUUUUACUUUGACUUUCUGCUAUUCAAUAAGAUCAGAGCUUAUUUAAACUUUGGCCUCAACUCUGUUUUCUGUCUGAUCCCUGUUAAGCUUGAUUCCCUUUAAAUUCAAUACCCAGUGUAUUCAACUUUAUAUAUUCCCACUGACUCAGCAUCCAAAGCCAUCUGAGAGGGAGAAGAAAUUCUUUAUCAUCUCUGUGCUCAUUUGUAAGCUGUAUCUUGAAACUGUGCUGCCUUUGUUCUAUACCAGGGUUCCCAAUCUGGAGUCUACGGACCCCAUGCUUAAUUGUAUUGGUCCAUGGCAUAAAAAAUGUUGGGAACCCCUGUUCUAGACUGUCUCAUCAAGAGAAACAUUCACAGCCUAUAUCUAGCAAUCUUCCAUUUUUCUCAACUACAGUGAAUAUUGGCCAAAUCUCCUCCAUCUGUUUGUAGGAUUGGUAAAUUAGUUUAUUAUUGUCACUUGUACCCAGAUACAGUGAAGAACUUUGUUUUACAUGCCAUCCAUACAGAUCAUUUCAUCACAUCAGUGCAUUGAGGUAGUACAAGAGAAAACAAUAAAAGAAUGCUGAAUAAAGUGUUACAGGUACAAAGAAGGUGCAAUGCAAGCAGAGAGAAUGAUGCAAGACCAUAACGAGGAUCAAGGAUUAAAUUUAUUCACCAUAUACAUUUACAUGCAUUAGGAAUUUGUUGUGGUAUGUUGGUGUAAUGUGUAACAAAAAACAACAUUCAACAUUUAUAAGAAUAAUAUGUAUGAAAAUAAA